AUGUUUAUCACAAGAUUAUUUUUCUUUGUCGGAAUUAUUCAUGGUUUAUCGCAAGCGAAAAAGGCUCCAGAUGGAAUUUGUGUCACCAAAUUGCUGAAAGGAAAACUCGUAUCAGUUGGAGAUUGUCAGAAAAACGAUGGAUCUGACAUUGUCAACGUGAUUAAACAGGAUCUGAUAAAGAAAACCCUCGAACCUACUUGCAAAGGAAAAUGGACUCAGUGGUUCAAUCGAGACCAUCCGUCUGGUUCAGGUGAUUUUGAGGACUUACAACAAAUCAUCAUAGGAAGCAAAGGUGGAACAUUGUAUUAUAUAUGCUCCAAUCCUACUGUUGUUCACGCAAGGGCUCUGAAUCCAGACCGACCAUGGCAAUAUGCUAAUGAAAAUGUUCAUAUCUCUACACAGAUAGGAAUAUACUGCAAAAACAGAGAACAGACGGAUGGAUAUUGCGAAGAUUACAAAGCAAUACAACAAAAUUCUAUACAGACGCAACUGAGCAGCUUCAUGUAUGGGCCGUACAAAAUGAACUGAAUUAAGCGUCGAACGGAAGCAAUAAACUUGACGAGAGAAAAUGACAUUCAAUUGCUUUGAAAGCAAG